AAUGGGAUUUACUUCUGAGUUCAUGCGUUCAGGAGAAGGCGAUACAAGGAAGGAGCUGGAGGGAAGGGAGAAGGAUAUAAUUUUCUCUGUCAAAUAAAACCUUCUCCCCUCUCCUUCUUCCUGGCACCCCCCAUAGCCUCACCUUUCCCUACUUUCUUCUCUAGUUCCCUCCCACCAGCCAACCUAUAUUUAUCUGCCCCCCUCCCAUCUUCUGCUAUAUUUAUUAUUUUCCUCAUUUAUACCCUACUAUUUUCCCCAAGGGAAACAGAAAACACCUUGGAUGGUUCUUUUCUGCUACAUUUUAUCUUCACCUGUUAGAGCGGGUGGCAUAUGCUCUACGAUGGAGGGGAUGUAUAAUAACCUAGAGCAAGCCCUUGGCGUGGUGGUUUGCAUCUUCCAGCGCUACUGCCGGAAGGAAGGCAACAGACAGAAGCUCAGCAGAAGGGAGCUGCUGGAUCUACUGAAAACAGAACUCCCCAGUCUCAAAACAUUAAAAUUAAAAGAGGGAGCCUUUGAGGAGUUCAUGUCACUGCUUGAUACGAACAGCGACGAUGAAGUGGACUUCGAGGAGUACAUCCGAUUCGUGUCGGUGGCUUGCACCUACUUCCACGACUUCUUCGAGGAUUCUCCCGUGGCCCAUCCGCGAGUUCAAUAAAAAUGUCCAAACAAGACUUUUGAAUUUAGGGGGAAAGGACUCCUUAUAGUGAUGUCGAGCUGUUGUUCAAAUGACCAGAUGAAGUCAAUGGCUUAUUCAGGGUUAAA